AUGUCAUUAGUGGAGAAAACGAGGAGACAAUUGAAAGAACAACCGAACGAUUCCGGUGUAGCGGGCACGCUGAGCGAAAUGCUGCGGGAGAACUACAACGGGUUGAAGAAAAUGUUGGGCCUGGCGGGAAGCAAUAGUAAGAGCAAGAGCAUUCCCGAAGGUUCACCGAAAACCGGUACGGUGACGACCACAGCGUCCCCACCGUCGAACGGGACGCAGAUCCAGCAGACGCUGAACGGGAUAUCACAGUGAAAAAUGCCCCCACCCUCAAAUUUGCAAAAAUUUGCGAUGCGAAGUUUCCAAAUGAAAACUUUUUGUCAUGCAUGCAAGGGGUACGAAUCUCUCUGAUGCAGAGUCUAGGCGGGUAUCGCAUGAUCGCUUGCAUGACAAGCGCCGCUUUUGCUGGGAUCUUUUGCAAUGCAAAUUUUUGCUAUUCGCGAUUAGAAAUCUGUGAUGCUGAUAGAUGCAAGAGGGCGAAUGUUUCAUUUGGAAAGGUUUGCAAUACAAAGGCUCCCAAGUUCGGGGGUGGGGGCAUUUUUCAUUGUAAUACGGAACUAACGGAAACGUAACCGCGCCGCCGUGUUGCCAGCAGACCCCUUGUACGCAUUGCAAAUAUAAUUGAUCUGUGGUCCCUGGAUAAUUUGUGAUUGUGACGCGAUAAUUUGAAGAUGAAGAAGAGCAAGACUUGGGAAGAUCCACGAAUAGGAGUGGCGAGUUCUCUUGAUGAUUUGCUGCGAAUUUUUAACUCAGUUUGUCAUGCGUCUUGCGAAUGACUCUACUGCAAUAUGAGCCUCCCAAAAUUUUUUCUGAUACUGUUGCGCCAGACGAGCAGCUACUCUGCGAUCAUGCGAGCUUCACCAACAGAAAUCUCCAAACGUCAAGGCGAUUCGAUCGUAUUUGUAAAAUGCAUACCUUGCAACCACAAUUGCACCGACCAAGAGCGUCUACUGGGGGUCCUGAAAAAUUGCACGUGCCCAGCCACCACGGCAACGCCACCGCCGGCCACGGAGGGCACCACCCAACCCCCCGUUCCUUCGCCCUCGCAUAACACCGCGCCCGGAGGGUUUGUGCAAAUAGAUGAGAUACCAGCACCCAUGCCAUCGUAUGCUUUGGAAUAACAACUGGUAGGAAUGAAUUUUUCACCGUGGUAGUUCUGUCGUGUAAGUUGGCUAUCAAACAGUUCCAUGCUGAUAAAUUAUCAGCAUGAAAAUGUUCGAAGAUAUGGCUGCAUCCUCGAAGAAGUAGGUUACUCGACCAUCGAAGACAGUACAACUCCUAUCGGCUUGUUUUCCAAUGCAUACCGCGGCAGCGGGAGCUGUCCCCCUAAACCCGAUGAACUCCGUGGAUGAGCCGUACGACCACCAAAACGAUGAGGUAUUUUGAUAUUUCGUUAAGUGCUGAUGUGCAUGAUCUUCGCUAAGCGUAAAUGUGAACGUGGAGGUGUAAAUGAGAAAUGGAAAAAAUCAAACCAGGACGACGAUGAUGUUUUGGACCAUGAAAAGCCAAGACCUACUAGCGAGGAAAACAAAGACAUCAAAGCCAGCCCCAGUACAUCGACUGGCACGUCGUUCCUUCAAGCGGACGACAACAAGCAUGCGGACGAAUCAUUUAUUUCCGUCGAGGAUAAAAAAGGUUCGAAAGAUGAGUGGCACGUCGUUGACAAGGAGAAACUAAGCGGCGGAGUAGCAGCGUCCAGUAAGAACGAUCAUGCAAAGAAGGAAGAGGAGACAACAGGAACGGCACAACUCGCACGGAAAAAAUCCACGAUGACCACGUCGCACCAGUCAAGAACAGAUGCUGCAACCACCAGUACUCUGCACGGAAAGAGCAAAACAGGUAAGUCGGAAGUAGUAGAGAAAUCAGCACAUGAUGACCAAAAGGAGGACAAAACAAACCUCCACGAAGAUCACAAGCCGCGGACGCCCGAGGAAGAGCAGAAACACAAGGAGUGGGAGAUCCGAAUCAAGAUGUUGGAUCAGGUUGCGAAAGACCACACGGAAAAAAUGAAAAAGGAGGAGGCCGCAAUGGAGGACAAAGCGAUGAAAGAGGUUGCGUCGAAAUACGCAUUGGAGAUUCACUAUGCACGACUCGUAGAAGAUGAAAAACCUUGCCAACUCAUCUCUUGAAAUAAAACCGAAAGCUGUAAUGCAGAAUCAAUGAGAUUCAAGAUCAAGGGUAGAGGGUCUUGGUGUUAUGCAAGUUCUUCAGUUGAGACACUGGCUCUUCAUCUCCGUGUGCGGUGAACAAUUUCCUCUGUCGAUACGAAACAUCCGGAAAAAGCUGCGCAGAUGACUCGGCACCGAUACCUGGGGAAUCCGGAUUUUAUGAAGCUAAGCGACGUCGUCGGGGCGAAGACGAUGAACAAACUGCAGAAAGAGGACGAAAAUUUAUCUACUGCAACUUCUCCAGCAACCGAAGGAGAAAAAAAUGUCGCACAGGAUCAAGGUGAGCAAGUAACUCCGACAGUAACGACGGUUCAGGACGAAAAAAGCGAAACAGCGCCGGCGGAGCAGGCGGAGAAGGCAGGUGAGGAAAGAACGGACGCAGAAACAAGCACGAGCGGCGACGACAAGGAUCACACCAGUGAAGGAGGAAAGAAGGAAAGCGUAGAUACUCUUGGGUUAUCUGAGUCUGAGGACGGUAAAACGAACAAGAAGGAGUGGAAAAAAAGCAUUGAGGAGGUAUAGUUCAAUUUUCUUCAUCAAAGCAUCUUUUGCAAUCUUUUUCUGCGAAACCGCACGGGAGACUGGGGACGAGGGGGACCGAGGUUGACCGAGGGCGAGCGACUUUUUUCUGUGUUGUUGGCCAUCGAAAGAGACCUACAGCGCUCGGGGUUGCGGAAUUUUGAGUGAAAAGCGACUUUUUGUGGUUGCUUGAGCGCCGUUUUCGCUCAGAAACCAGACUCAGGUCGUGUUUUGCGGCUGGUGGGAGGAAAAAAAGUCGCUUGACCUCGGUCAGCCUUCGGUCCCCCUCGAGCGUUCUUGCGAUCGCCAGCCCCGACGGCAUGCUUGAUCUAAGCCCUUUGCCUUGAUGCUUUUUUCAGGUUUUUGUGGGAAAGCAUGUUUUGCAAUCUUUUUCUGCGAAACCGCACGGGAGAUGACUGGGGACGAGGGGGACCGAGGUUGACCGAGGGCGAGCGACUUUUUUCUGUGUUGUUGGCCAUCGAAAGAGACCUAAUGCGCUCGGGGUUGCGGAAUUUUGAGUGAAAAGCGACUUUUUUUGGUUGCUUGAUUGCCGUUUUCGCUCAGAAACCAGACUCAGGUCGUGUUUUGCGGCUGGUGGGAGGAAAAAAAGUCGCUCGACCUCGGUCCCCCCUCGGUCCCCCUCGGGCAUACUUGCGAUCGCCAGCCUCGACGGCAUGCUUGAUUUGAGCCCUUCGCCCUGUCGCUUUUUUGAGGUUUUUGUGGGAACGCAUCUUUUGCAAUCUUUUUCUGCGAAACCGCACGGGAGACUGCGGACGAGGGGGACCGAGGUUGACCGAGGGCGAGCGACUUUUUUCUGUGUUGUUGGCCAUCGAAAGAGACCUAAUGCGCUCGGGGUUGCGGAGUUUUGAGUGAAAAGCGACUUUUUUUGGUUGCUUGGGCGCCGUUUUCGCUCACAAACCAGACUCAGGUCGUGUUUUGGUGCUAGUGGGAGGAAAAAAAGUCGCUCGACCUCGGUCAACCUUCGGUCCCCCUCGAGCAUACUGUCGAUCGCCAGCCCCGACGGCAUGCUUGAUUUAUUCGCUUCGCCCUGCUGCUUUUUUGAGGUUUUUGUGGGAAAGCAUCUUUUGCAAUCUUUUUCUACGAAACCGCACGGGAGACUGGGGACGAGGGGGACCGAGGUUGACCGAGGGCGAGCGACUUUUUUCCAGGUUGUUGGUCAUCGGAAGAGACCUAAUGCGCUCGGGAUUGCGGCAUUUUGAGUGAAAAGCGACUUUUUUUGGUUGCUUGAGCGCCGUUUUCGCUUAGAAACCAGACUCAGGUCGUGUUUUGCGGCUGGUGGGAGGAAAAAAAGUCGCUCGACCUCGGUCCCCCCUCGGUCCCCCUGAAGCAUACUUGCGAACGCCAGCCCCGACGGCAUGCUUGAUUUAUGCCCUUCGCCCUGUUGCUUUUUUGACGUCUUUGUGGGAAAGCAUCUUUUGCAAUCUUUUUCCGCGAAACCGCACGGGAGACUGGGGAAGAGGGGGACCGAGGUUGACCGAGGGGGAGCGACUUUUUUCUGUGUUGUUGGCCAUCGAAAGAGACCGAAUGCGCUCGGGGUUGCGGAAUUUUGAGUGAAAAGCGACUUUUUUUGGUUGCUUGAGUGCCGUUUUCGCUCAGAAACCAGACUCAGGUCGUGUUUUGCGGCUGGUGGGGGGAAAAAAAGUCGCUCGACCCCGGUCCCCCCUCGGUCCCCCUCGGGCAUACUUGUGGUUGCCAGCCUCGACGGCAUGCUUGAUUUGAGCCCUUCGCCCUAUCGCUUUUUUGAGGUUUUCAGGGGAGUGUAUCUUUUGCAAUCUUUGCCUGCGAACCCGCACGGAAGAACAUACAGCAUGCAAUCUUGAUCUGGUUUCACUGAGAAACGAACAGAAGCGAAUAUAAGCAAGCACGUAAAUUCUUUCAGGUCGGGAACAAGAUCAAAACUGUGAACAACGUCGCGGAACAAGAGCCGACUGAGAAAGCAGAUACAACCACCCAUCAAAAGUCCGAUCCUUCAGUAACCCUGACCGAGCUUAAAGCGGAGAAAGAAGUAGACGAGAAGGAAGAUCAUGACACUGCUUCAUCUGCUACCUCCCCACCAGAAGCCCCAAAGGAUCACAGCGAAGACGGUAAAGGUGAAGAUGAAGCUACGACCCCCGGCGUUCCCCUCUGCACUGAUGCACCGGUCGCAGAAGGCGAUGGUGGAUCUCGUGAUGAAAACACCCCAACGACCUCCAUCCCCGCUUGUUCCGAGCCGCCACCCGGAGGCGGAGGGACGCCGGUGUAUGACGGGAAACCGAAGAUUAACCCGGUGAGCAAGAAGAAAACCGGUAAUAUCAACAAGGUCGUGAAAAAGGAGAAUACGAAAUCGUUUUUGCAAACCGACAAUGAAGGUGUUAACGGAGAUGAUGAUGAAAAACUAUCAUCAAAAGACGACCAGAACAACAAUUUCUUGUCAACAAGCGAAGAAAAAGGUCAACAGCAUGAUGCUGGGGAGAAAACAGACGAACAUGAAGAUUUCGACGUUGACGACUACGAUGAGCUGAACCACCACCUCGACCCGCAUCACGACUACAGCGAAAAGAGUACAACACAUGUCCACAACCCAGCGGACCAUCCCGACGCGGAGCGGGACUUUCACAAGAAGGGCAAGAAACUCUACGACUGGUCGGAUUACGAUUGGCCGGAGGACAACGGGGAAUCGAAGGAGUGGGACGGGCUGGGAGACGACCCACAAGCAGAGAAAAACGAGGUCCAGCACGGGGAAAUCUAUCCUGUGCAAAAGUAGUGUAGCCGGACUGAAGAUUGCAGCCACGCACGACAAAGCUACUUCCUAACCGGAAGCUGCAUGACAAGUUUCAUUCUCCGUUUUGGUUUUGAAGAAAUUUGUAAUGCAGUACAAUCACGAUGGGAUGCUUUUGCAAUGCAUAAAAUCCACCACGAUUGGGACGGGUUUGGGGACGAUCCGUACUUGGAUAUGCUAGACGAGGAACCACUUUUGGGCGGUAACUGUUUUUAUACUUGUUUUGCAACUGCGGAUUUGGUUUUUGUCAUGCAAAAUCUACUUUAAAAGUGGAAGCACUUUGAUGUCAUGCACUACUCGUGUACAAAAAAUUGUAUCAAAGGUCACGCCAUUUUUUCCGAGGCGGCAAACCAGCACCCGGGGGACUCGAACGACGAGGACCAAGAUUUUUACAACGAUCACAAGUCGAAGCGAACCCGUUAUGCGGAACAGGAUCUGUGGCACGACGACGACUUCGAGCGGAAAAACCAACCGGAAAGAGUGUACUACCACUCCGAGAAAAGAAACAGCGUGCCGGUGCAUCAAAAACCCAACAUCGACAACUACGAGCACCUGGAUUUCGCAAACAACUUCCAGGAGUACACGUUUUUGUGAGCGGCUUCUUGCAGGUCACAAAGUUGAUGUGAAGCAGGAGUAGUUGGGGCGAUGACUAGGAGUGAGCAACUGUAGACACAGCACCGAUGUUGAAGAUGAUAGUACGACUUUUACAUUACGAGAAGCGCGCCGGGUAAUGUGGAGCACCUUUUACCACGACGGGAAUUCAGAUUUGCAGAAACAAGUACAGCAAAGUUUCAGAGUACUCACUUUUACUACACUUAGCGAAAAAGAAAGGUCUUUUGCAUCGAGAGACUAGAGAGAUGAUGAAGAUUGCAGACACGACAGUUAUGGGAUCGAAGAUCGUCCAAAAUACACCUGAAGAUGCCGUGUAAGUUCUUGUCCAGGGAACGGCGGCUUUUUUUGUAGAAUGUAACGUAAGAAAAAAAACAUAGUGAUCAAUUGUUU